GCUCCCGUUACCGAUGUGUUAGUCUUUAGGGUGGUGCAUCGUUGGCCCCCACGUGCUGCGGACGGUAAUCGCUGUUUAAAAGUGUUUCUAAGUCUUUUUGAGGGGUUCCGUGCGUAAAUUUGUAUUAAGGACACUACGAUAAUUAUGGCUGAAGGGGAACCGCUGGACAUAUUUGAUGCCACCAAGAAGAAGAAGAAGAAGAAGAAGACGCCAUUCGACCUUGAUGCAGCGCUGGGCGAGACAGCGGAGCCGGCGCCGGCGCCGGCCACCGACACCGCCGGCCAUGAGGAGGCGCCGGCCGAGCCAGUCAUCGACGACGACAUAAACCUCGACCUCGAAACGUUCGGCAAGAAGAAGAAAAAGAAGAAGGCGCCUUUGAAUCUAGAUGACCUGGGUGAGGCGCUGCCCGCAGCCGAGUCCAAGUCCGCUCCAGAGGCGAAGGAGGAGGCACCAGAGGACCUGGACCUGGACCUUGACAUGGACUUCAGCAUGACCAAGAAGAAAAAGAAAAAGAAGAAGGACAUUGAAGAGCUUGUGGCGGCCGGCGAGGACGCCGAAAACGAGGAGCCCGCGGAAGCCGAAGGUCCCGUCUGGGUGAGCUCGGACCGCGACUACACGUACGACGAGCUGCUGACGCGCGUGUUCGACAUCAUGCGCGAGAAGAACCCGGACAUGGUGGCCGGCGAGAAGCGCAAGUUCGUCAUGCGACCGCCGCAGGUGGUGCGGCUCGGCGCCAAGAAGUCCAGCUUUGUCAACUUCGCCGACAUCUGCAAGAUGCUGCACAGGCAGCCCCAGCACCUGCUGAACUUCCUGUUCGCUGAGCUGGGUACGUCAGGCUCGGUGGACGGCACUAACCAGCUCAUCAUCAAGGGCCGCUUCCAGCAGAAGCAGAUCGAGACCGUGCUGCGGCGCUACAUCCGGGAGUACGUGACGUGUCACACCUGUCGCUCGCCCGACACCAUCCUGCAGAAGGACACGCGCCUGUUCUUCCUGCAGUGCGAGUCGUGCGGCUCUCGCUGUACGGUGGCCUCCAUCAAGUCCGGAUUCCAGGCCGUCACCGGCAAGCGUUCGGUGCUGCGCGCCAAGGCAAGCUGAAGAUGUGUCCGCUCUCCGGGCGGACCACGCUCCACGCCGCGGGGUCCGGUCAGCCCGGCCGCCAGCCGGCGCCCGCGCGACGGCGCUGG